AUGGAAACAGGCUUCGAUGUUGGUGCAGUUGCAGGUCACCGUAAUGAAAUUAUAACAUAUAUACUCAACGGCAUAUCAUGUAAGCUUCCCAUGAAGGAGAAGGAUAUUUGUGCGGCUCUUAAUAUCAGAGGGAAAAUGUUUAGCAUGGCCUUUCAGCAGGCGAAAGCAGUUUUGCAAGAGACCUAUGGAAUUGGUGUGGCCGAGUUACCUGACACAAAGAGUGGAAAAGCCUUUAUAUGCUAUAAUGAAGAUACGGCUAAAUGCCACCUAUUAUAUGACGAUGAACAACUGCAACAAUUGACGUUGUUAUUUAUUGUUCUAUCAUAUUUAUUUAUGCGCGGUUCCGAUUCCCCAGAUAAACACAAUACAACUGAAGAGAACUUGGAAAAUUUUCUUAAAGGUUUGCGUAUUAGAUUUGAUAGCUGCCAUGAAUAUUUUGGAGGAAAUGUGAAAAAACUGUUAACGGAGACUUUUGUCAAACAGCUCUAUUUGAAACGAGAUAAAGUUAUAUCCGAUAUGAAUGGCGAAACAAUAUUUUUCUAUAACUGGGGUCGUAGAGCUCACAUUGAAUUCGAUAAAGAGAUGAUUCUCAAGAAGGACCCCCGUGUAUUUGUGGCAAAAUACAAUGAAAUCUAUGGCGAAGAGGAAAAUCGUAUGGAACAAUAA